AUGGUAAAUUGUCUUGUCAAAUCCUUCUGGCAUUCCGAGUCCUUCCUUCCGACAAGAAAAAAAUUUCCCGACAACUGGAAAAAAAUUUCCCGACAACUGGAAAAAAAUUUCCUGUUGUUCGUCCGUAAACCAUUCAAAUUUUCGAAAAUUGAGAACUUUUUUCCCGACAACUGGAAAAAUUUUUCCUUCAGACAGGAAAAAAAUUUCCCGACAACUGGAAAAAAAUUUCCUUCCGACAUUCCGAGUCCUUCCUUCCGACAGAAAAAGUUCUUCCAUCCGACAGGACACAAACGAAUGUCUCACGUCCCUCUUCCUGAAUGCCUUCCAAAGCCAGAAGAACCGACAGCCCCAGCACCACAACAGACUUACUAA